CUGGAGCAACUGUAUUCAGUCGGGCAUGAUUGCCUUUCUCUAGAUUGUCAAGGAGAAAUAGCUUCUAGUCAAAGCCCCGGCAAAUUCAGUUCAUACAAGAUUCUGCUAGAUUCUGCUGGCAUGUCCACACUUUUUGUAUGCGAUUUCAGCUCGGUUGACCUCUUGCAGAUGGUUGGCCCAAGAAGGCGACUUCUGAACGACGGCUAAUGAAUUCUACUACUUUCUUAAUUUUCUUAUAUGUUCUGGCAAGCUGGCAGUCCCGGCAGUGGUGCUGGCAGUGCUGGUAGUGCUGGUUUUAAAACAAUGCUUACACCAUUGCUCCAGAUACACGCAGCUCUAGAACGCUUCUCUCCAGGGAGCUUGCAGGAGCGAUGGUCAUAUCUUCAAAACAAGAAGACUUUGGCCCAGGUCACAACUGCUAAUGAGCCCCCAAGAGAUCGCGUUUUGGAAGCAAUGCAAAACUUCCUUUUCGGCUUGCCUAGACCGAACAUGAUGCCAGAAAGGCACAGGGCAAUGGCAGAAGCAAAGCACCAGGAAGACUCGGAGGAGACCUGGCAAGAUUCUGCCAAUGCCGCAGGGUGCAAACAGCAGUGUUGCGACGAAGGGCCCUCUGCAGAUGCCAUCGUGGAUGAGAAUAGCAGCGCUGACCACCAAGCAACGUCAGCCUUUACAGGUGGAAGCAGCCAAAAAAUGCGUGGACAUGGGGCAGCAGCCAAGGGAACAGAUGCCCUUCGCCGGUGUUUGGAGGAGCUGCGGUGGCAUGGAGAAGCAUUGCGACAAUGUGCAGCAGGCGCCAAUGCGCAGCAGCUGUGUGCGGAGGCUAGCGUCCGACGGAAGGAAUUGCUUUGGAGCCUUGGGGGCGAGCAAGAAAUAGAAUGUCCGCGGAAGUAUUUCGCAAUCAUGUGUUGUUGCGAUUGCAAAGCAUGA